AUGUCGCAUGCCCCCAGUAUCACCAGGUCACACAAGGACUCGUUCUUCCUCGCUGGUCAGAAGCCCCCGGGCUGCCGGACGAUAUUCAUGGGGAACCUGCCGUUCAGCGUCAAGGAAGGAGAGGUCCGAGCGCUGCUGGCUGACUGCGGGCCCAUCGAGUCGCUGCGGUGGGGGGAGCAGGAGGGAGCGUUCAAGGGGUUUGUGCACGUCGUUUUCACGCACUCGGAGGCAACAGACAUGGCGGUGAACAAGUCUGGGAGCUUGCUGAAGGGGAGGAGGAUCAAGAUCGAUUAC